AUGGCGGUGGCUUCUAAUAGCAAUCGAGAACUUCAACCUGCGGUCACGACGUUAUCGACGGAUGGUGUGCCGAUGGUAGAGAGAGCAUUUUGGAGCAAUUGGCGACGCCUACUCCCACGCCCACGCCCACGCCGACGUACACACAGCACAUGCGAGUGCUGGGAAAGAGGUGGAGAUGGGUGUAUCACAUACCGAUACGAGCAGCAGCAAUGCGCCCGGUCUACCGUUCUCCCGGGCACGAUGUGUAGCGCUCGUUGCGUCGAUUGCUGCUGCGCCGUUUUUGAGCGUGAGUUUGCUUGUUCAUUGUUUACAUGGUGUUACCUUAUCCUUUCCCUUCCCUCAUCGUUGUAA